UAUUCGAUAUAUCGCAAAUUCAGCGAUAUAUCGUCGUUUCCAACCUCACAUUUCGAUAAAUUUUCUUUUGGAAAAUAUUUUUCGUCCAAAAAUGUUAAAAUUAAGCAGGAUAUUACCAUUUCUCGAAAAUGCAAGGAAACCGUGGAAUUUUAGUCAAAACCUGGGUCUGAAAUACUUUCCGGCUCCCAUUAAAUUUGACCCUAUUGAAAAGGUGGACAGGCCAAAGCUGAAAAUCAUAGAGAAAGUCCCACAGUUCCCGCCAGGAUUGAGACCACCGAAGAUGCAGAAGCGCCUGAGGCUGAUGCGAGGUCCAGAGCUAGUGCACAAUAAACUCAUUCACCGGCAGUAUGGGAUUCUAGCCCUGGGUGGGGGUAGACUCAAGUGGAAUCACUUUGAGAUGAUGCGAAUGGGAAUUGGGCGACAGAUUGAUGUUAAUCGGAUGUUUGCCAUCUGGCGAGUGGAUCCCCCGUGGCAGCCGGUGACCAAGAAGGGUCAGGGUCAGCGAAUGGGUGGAGGCAAGGGUGCCAUUGAUCACUAUGUCAGUCCGAUCAAAGAGGGAAGGGUUAUCGUGGAACUUGGGGGACACCUUGAGUAUCCGGAAGCCUAUAAAAUUCUCCAACUUGUCUGCCAUAAGCUCCCCUUCAAGGCCAUGGUGGUGUCGCAGGAGAUCAUGGAACAGAGGGAAGCCGAGGAGGAACAGAAGACCAAAUCAAAUACAAACUACUACACAAUGAAGUACGUUAUUCAGAAUAAUUUUGGAGGAUGCCACGAUUGGUUGUCUCCCUUUGACCACAAGUGGUUCGGCAGGUAUAGAUAGGGACUGUCUGGGAUGCUUCCCGGAAGCCUUCAAAGAACCCUAGGAAUUUAGUGAAUAAAUUGUUUAAGACUUGAAUAAUAAAUAAAGCAUUUUUUUGUGUCGAAAGAAAA